AUGUCAAAUAGUGUCAAUAGACAAGGCGGUACCUUUGUUGUUGAAACCCUUGGCUGGGUGAUUCCUUUAUCUUCAACCAACAUCCAAGUCGUGUUCCUCUCAUAUUUCCCUACCUCCACCAUGCCCUCUCGCCUCGCUCAAUUCCAAUUUCCCCAAGGAUACGGCAAAGCCCCAAUGACAGUGUACCAAGUGGAAGGCAUCAUUGCCUCAAUCCCAGGAGUCACCGACAAGAUCAUCAACUGGUUUAAAGGGGAAUACCGCCAGGCGAACUCUUCUGAUAGGCUCAAGAAGGAGGUAAUGAUGCAGCAAAUGAUGCAAUAUUACAUUAGUGCUCUGAAAACGACGGGGAAGGACAAACCCACCGACCUUGAACCCCCAUGGUUCAAAUUCUUGAAGAGGCCCUCUGAACUCAAGAGGGCUCUUUUAACUGGGCAGUUAUCGCUGAACCCCCUGCUAAACCAAUCUACAAAGAUUUCCUUGCCGCAUGGGAUGCCCGUGGCAACGAUGAGCCCAAAGUCAUCACCAAACCAUCUAAUCCUCAGGAGAAUGCAAAGGGGAAGGGCCUUGUAUUCUGUGACUAUUGUACUCGACACGUCGACAAACACAUCCAAACACGAAUUGCUCUAA